AUGAGCUUCCUCUUCAGCAGCCGCUCUUCUAAAACAUUCAAACCAAAGACGAAUAUCCCAGAAGGGUCUCAUCAGUAUGAACUCUUAAAACAUGCAGAAGCAACUCUAGGAAGUGGAAAUCGGAGACAAGCUGCUAUCUUGCCAGAGGCAGAGGACCUCGAUGAACAGAUUCCCGUUAACACGGGGGAUGUAUAUGGAACUAUUACAGAAUUCUGCACCGAAGCAAGCUGUCCAGUCAUGUCUGCAGGUCCACCAUACGAGUAUCUUUGGGCAGAUAGUAUUAAUAUUAAAAAACCAAUCAAAUGUUCUGUUCCAAAAUACAUUGACUAUUUGAUGACUUGGGUUCGGGAUCAGCUUGAUGAUGUAACGUUUUUCUUCUAAGAUUGGUGUCCCAUUUCCCAGAAUCCUUAUGUCUGUGGCAAAGACUAUUCUAAAGCGUCUUUUCAGGGUUUAUGCCCAUAUUUAUCACCAGCAGUUUGAUUCUGGGAUGCAGCUGUGAGAGGAGGCCCACCUCAACACCUCCUUUAAUCGCUUUAUUUUCUUUGUUCAGGAAUUUAAUCUGAUUGAUAGGUGUGAGUUGACACCUCU